AUGCCAAUCAACUUUAUAUCAAUCCCUAGAAACAGAUUUAAAAUAAUCGGUGUGGUAUCGGUUACUUGUGUGCUUAUAUAUGUUAUCUUAUAUUCUUCAAUCAUCACUACUGAUAUUGAUAUUUCUGAUUAUGGCAAUAAAUUAUCUCCUUCAAUAAUAUUUGACGAUAAUGAUAAUGAUAAUGAUAAUAUUGAUAAUGUCAAAGAUCCUCAUUCUGUAUUUAAUAAUCAAGGAGAUGAUGAAACUGACACUACAGCUUCAAAUUCCAUGACAGCUGCACACACAUUUUGGAAGAGUAUUUUUGAUACUUUUGAUCAAUACAAAUUGGAUUUAGGAAAAGAUCCAGGAAGUGCCGUAUCAUACGUUGAUAAAUCACAACAAAAACAGGGGCCUCUUAAUAAAGAAGUAUUACUUUCCAAAGCAGUUGUUUCCAGUGAAUUGAUGAAACAUUUAAAAGAAAAACAUUCUGGCGUAGUUGAAGAUUUACCAUCAGUCAUGCCAGGUUCCGUAUAUAAUAAAGGUUCCAAAGGAGUAGUUAUAAUUGGUGGUGGUAAAUUCUCUUGGUUAGCUUAUUUAGCAUUAGUUCAAUUAAGAAAUGUGGGAUCAAAAUUACCCGUUGAAAUUAUUAUGCCUACACGAGAAGAUUAUGAAAAAGAAUUGGAAUUUUGUGAAAAUACAUUACCAGAAUUACAAGCUUCAUGUGUUAUUUUACCAGAUGUAUUGGGUGAAGCGGUUAUGAAAGAUAGAAAAUUUGCAAGUUAUCAAUUUAAAGCAUUAGCGUUAAUUGUUACAUCAUUUGAACAUAUUUUAUUAUUAGAUUCUGAUAAUAUGAUUGUAUCUAAUCCUGAUGAAAUAUUUGAGAGUAAAUUAUAUCAUCAAUAUGGUAUGAUCACUUGGCCAGAUUAUUGGAAAAGAACCAUAUCUCCACUUUUUUACGAUGUGGCUGAAAUUGAAGUCAAUGAAAACAAAAGAAGUAGAUAUAAUAGAUUCCCAUUAUAUAAUGCACCAAAUGUUCAUGGUAAUAUUUUUACAGAACAAGAUCGUCAAGAGGUUCCUUUCCAUGAUUUAGAAGGAUCAAUUUCUGAAUUAUCUACCGAGUCAGGUCAAUUGAUUAUUAAUAAACAUACUCAUGGUCAAACCAUAUUAUUAGCAUUAUACUACAAUUUUUAUGGACCUAAUUUAUUUUAUAAAUUAUUUUCAUUAGGUGAACAAGGUGAAGGAGAUAAAGAUACAUUUGUUGCUGCUGCAGUUGUAACUAGACAAGAUUAUUAUCAAGUUAAAUCAUUUAUCAAGACUUUUGGAUAUAGUGAUUCUAAUAACAAUUUUCAAGGUGUUUCUAUGGGACAAAGGAAUCCUUUAAUUGAUCGUAAACAUUAUGAAGAUCAUGUUCUUGCCUUACUUGAAAAAGAUUCAUUCAAAUUAUUGUCAAUUAGCGAUCAAAUUGAACAAAUGAAAAAAUUUGAAAAUAAAGAUUUUGAUCAACAUAAUUCUAUUCCAUUAUUUACCGUUCAUUGUAAUUAUCCUAAAUUGGAUCCAAAGUUAUACAUGACAAGAGAAGAUCUUUAUGAUUCAAAAAAUAAGCAAUUGAAGUAUAGAUUAUAUGGUAAUUUGAAAUAUACCAAAGAAGUAGUUAAAGAUGGUGAAUCAGAUACUGAAGCAUCAUCAUCAACAACAACAACAACAAAUAAAGUACAAAUUGAUUUUGAAUUACAACAAUGGCAACAUAUGCAAGAUAUAUUAUGUUUGAAAAAGAUUUAUUUCACUCAUUUUGUUGAUAAUGAUAUGAAUGAAUUAUGUCAAUUUAUAGAAAACCAAGUAACUUGGCUUAGCAAAUCUCAAAAUUAA